ACCAACAUUUUUUUCGUGAGUGAUGAUGUAACUUUUGUAGUUGGAUCAUGGUUGAAUCCUGAAUUUUCUUGACAGUUAAUACUUGUCGUCUGCUGUUAAAACAGCAGAGGAGAAAUUAUGUCAGAAGAUGAGAAGUUUUUCUUUUCAAAAACAGUUCAACAUUUGGCCAGAUCUUUAGCAGGAAUAACACCUACACCUUGGGAAAAAGUCAAUGCACUCUAUAAACGAUGCCCCCAAGAGAGUUCUGGUGUCUUUCGAUUGGAUCAAAGGGGACAAGAUGCAACGAUUGCACUUGGAAUUUACUUCCUCGAAUCGGGACUGCAGCAUCGCGACCGAAUUUUACCUUAUUUAUUACGACUUUUGCGUGGCCUUCCUAAAGCUGUAUGGUUGGACGAAAUAAUUUACAAUAGAAUAGAACGAGUUCCCGUUGCUGAGCGUUUUAGUUUUUGCUUGAAUACAUUACUAAGUGAUAUUGCUGCAAGAUGUGAAACUGCAAGAGAAGAAAUUAUCGCCACUCAAGUUGAAAUAUUAGCUGUUUUAACAAACCUUAUUCGAGGUAGUAGCCUUCAAAAUAAUGGUAGAGGACUACAGGCUAAAAUACUCUUAUGCAAAUGUCUAGUUCCCGUAUUAAUUGGAUUGGCACGUUCGAUGGGAAGAUUUAUGUUUUUAGACCCUCCAUUACUCUGUCGUCUAUUUCCUCGUCCAAAGCCACCAGUAUCUGCAAAUAUAUCCGACGCUAAUAAUUUAAGCAAUAAAAAAAGUACUCACUGCUCUAAUUUUCAGCCCAUUAUUCCUCGUUCUUUAAGUGGCAAUUUAAAUAUUAAUAUUCCCAUGGAAAAUGCUGCAGUUUCGUUAUCCACCAACGAUUAUGAUAGUCGUCCUUCAUUGCAAUCUUAUUCAUCGGUGCCAUAUGAUCCAAGCAGUUACUUUUUUCAUAAAUAUGGUUCCAGUUUUAAUCAGUUUCCUCAAAUACGACAAAAUGAAAGUCCUUAUACGAGAACAAAUUUACAAUUGAGUAUUGUACAUUUACAAAGUGUACUUGCAUUGGCCAAGAAACUCCUUAUGAAAGAUACUUUGGCUUUUCUUGAUGAAGAGGCACAGCAGGUCUACAGUUCUGGAGCAGUACAAAUUUUCCCAUACAAAUCCUUCAGUGAAACAAUGAACUUAGUUAUGGUAGCGCUUUUACGAGAACUAUUACAAGGUCAAAGAGAUUUACCAAUUCCAUUUACACGAGAUGUACAAGAAUUUAUGAAGGGUUUAUUUCUUUCCGGACAAACUGAACUACAAUCACGCCAGCAAUAUGAUACAACUGAUCGCGAGUUGAUGGAUAUAGAUUACAAAUCAGUUAAUAGGUUCAAAAUGAAUGUAAUGGCAAAUUCUGCAUGUGUUGACAUUUUGGUUUGGGCUAUUGGUGACGAAACAGGAGCUGAUAGUCUCUGUAGCCGAUUAACGGAAAAAAUUUAUUCAAACUAUAGCCACAAAUUAGUUCUUGCACAUAUGCCACUAUUAAUGGUCUGCUUGGACGGUUUAGGUAAACUUGCGCAAAAGUUUCCUAACAUUGCAACUACUUCCAUAUAUAAUUUACGUGAUUUCCUCGUGACACCUUCGCCAAUUCUCCUCAAACUUUAUCGGCAAUUUAAAGAACGUGAUAUUAAAAAUAAAUUUAAAGUUACAUUGCAAGAUAACGAGAUGAGAGAAACUAACAUAAAACAAACUUCUUCCUUAACUGAAAUGGCAUUUGAAACAUUGCGAGACUCAGCUAUUAGGAAUCUAUGUGUUGCUCUUGAAGCUGCACAUUCAGUUGAUCCGGACUGUGUCCCUGCUUUAGUGGCAAGUGUUUCAAAUAGACUUUUUACUGCAGAAAAAAGCGAAAGUGAAAACGAUAAACAGAUAACAAAUGAAUUAAUCUCUACGAAUAUUGUGAUAAUGUUAGGACAUGUUGCAGUCGCUCUUAAAGAUAAACCAAAGACUACUCGGACAAUAUUACAAUUUUUCCAGCAGCGAUUUUGUCGAAAACAGAGUGGUUUAGACGCUUUGAUUGUAAAUCAGUUAGGUUGUAUGGUUAUUGCCAAAUGUGGAACAGGUGAAGGAAAUGAGAAAGAAUCAAUAUCACAGGUUUAUGAGGAAAUUAUGCGAAUGUUUUGGAUGUCCCUUGUACCAACAGAUGAUCGUCAGAAAUAUUUACAUGUCUCUUCUGCAGUCACCAAUGCCCUCGCUAAUAUUGCUGCGAAUAUACAGGGAGAGUCCGAGUUGGAUGACUUACUUCUUCGUCUUUUAGAACUUUUUGUACAGUUGGGCCUUGAACCGAAAAGGACAAUCGAUAAAUCUACAAAUAAUGUAGCUACUGCUACGAAAACUUCAAGUUGUUCAGCUGGAAUGGGAAUUUUAAUACCCGUUAUAGCAAUUUUAGUUCGAAGAUUGCCUCCCAUUAGAAAUCCACGUCCACGAAUGUUAAAAAUUUUCAAGGAUUUUUGGUUAUACUGUGUUGUGAUGGGAUUUGUGUCAGAUUCUUCAAGUGGAAUGCGGCCUCGAGAUUGGUAUAUAGGAAUUAAGGACAUUGCUAUAAAGUCUCCAUAUCUUGUGUUUCAAAUAAGUUCAAGGGUCGAAAUGCGUGAACUUCAGUUUACAUCUGUCGUCAGAAAUGAUAGUGUUUCACAAAACGAACUUCAGGAGUUACGAAGUCAAAUACUUAAAAUGAGUAGCAGAUCAAGCGAUAUUACUCCGUAUGUUGCGAAGUUACAGUUUGCUCAGUGCACUUAUCUUUUAUCAGUUUACUGGUUAGAGACACUGAGAGUGGAGAAUAGUCCCGAACCAAGUUUACAACCUAUUAUGGAGUAUCUUAGUGAUGCUGCGUUGUUGAAAGAUAAAAGUGGAAUGUGGUUGUGUAUUUGCUGUGUUGGAGACGCCGUAUUCACAAAAUUUAAAGAUGUUAUGCAUCGUAAACCAAAAGACGAGAAACGAGAGCGGCAAUUAGAAAAUCAUGCAAAAUUUCUUUUGGUAUACUUCAAUCAUAUUCAUAAGCAAAUUAGACGAGUUGCUGACAAGUAUUUAAGUGCUCUAAUAGAUACGUUUCCUCAUCUUCUUUGGAAUUGUAAAGUUUUAUGGACGAUGUUAGACAUUUUACUGGUUUUAUCUUAUUCUCUUCAUUUGGACCCAAAUGAAGAAACCCCAGAAUUACAAAUACCCGGCACACUUUAUAGCAUUCAAUUAAUGGAAACUGUUGAUGCUCGAGAGAAUAUUGUAAAAGAUUUUACUGCAAGAUGCAAAGAAAUCGUGCAGGAAGCAAUGAAAUGGGCACCACAUGCAACACGCUCACAUUUACAAGAGUAUAUCAAUCGUAUUCCUGCUUCCGGCACAAGUGGCUAUGCGAGUUAUGCAAUGGCAGCUGAUUCCAUUCUUGAAUUUGUUGACCUUGCACUUCCAACGACUACCACUGUCCUAACUAGUACUUUAGAUAAGAGGGCUCGAGCAAAAGGUGCUAGUUCUCGGCUUCUGUCGAUGAUGUCAACACGUUCUUGGUAUGCGGGAGAAGUUGCAGGAAUGCUUAAUCUCGCUGAGGAUAAAUCACAAUCUCCAAAUGAAACAAAUCAUGUAGGUCAGAAUAUAGUUGCCGAUCGAUUAAUUGAUGCUGUCUCAAAAGCUUGCCAGGAAGGAAAUGAUAAAGAACAUAGAAGUGCCCUUUGGAGGACUACUUCUCUUCUAAUUUCCAUCUCAGGAAUACAUAGACCAUUGCUGCAUACAGUUGCUUGGUCCCAAGUUAAACUAUUUACAGAAACCGCUAUGUCUACUGCAGUGGAUUGUUGGCAAUGGAUUUUCACUGCUCGUCCGGAUCUAAAACUUUGCUUCCUACAGGAAAUGCUUGCAGCUUGGCAAUAUACAGUAGAAAAAAGAAUGGGUAUAUUUUCUGAGGAUGAAGAAGAAGUAAGUCCCCUGGCAGUAUAUGAGGGAUGUAAAAUUGGUCCAAAUCCACCCGACGUUAAACCUCAUGAAAUUUGGGUAACUUUUAUAAUGGAACUUAUAGAGACAGCAAAGUAUUGCUGUCAAGAAACUGUUGAAAUGAUUUCGAUGUUACUACAUCGUUCGUUACCAAUGACAGUUGGGUCUCAGAAACACGAACCUCAUUUAAAUCGACAUGUGGCAGCUGUGGGAAUUCGGUUUAAACUUCUUUCUUGUGGAUUAAUUUUACUACAAGGCGACACAUUAUCACGAUCAUUGAGUACAAAUGUCUUGCGUGAAAGGAUUUACUGUAACUGUUUAGACUAUUUUUGUCGUGAACGUCAAAGUCCUACUCAAGAACCAGUUCAACUUCUAGAAGAUAUUUUAACACUUAGACGUUUUUGGCAGAUAAUAAAAAAUGAUAAAAAGUAUUUGCUGAUGACAAAUGGCGACGGAGAGUUUGAAAUCAUUAGAUCUCAUAUGGGCAAUACAUCCAGUACUGGAGGACCUAAUGACUUAAUCAAUUCUCCAACGUUGAGUAAUUCUGAUUUAGGAAAAUCUUCAACUUCUGGAUGGAUAAAUACAAUACCUCUUUCAGCUAGUAAUAACACGCUCAGUAAACGCAGUAAUCGCAGUAAACGUAUUGUUACUGGAAACUUUUUCGUCAAAGAUUAUAUCAAAAAGAGAAAUCUUAUUCUAGAACUUUUGGCUGUGGAAAUAGAAUUAUUACUGGUUUGGCGAAAUCCAGGAGAUAGACCAGAUCUUGCAGUGCAAGGGGAACAAAGUAUAGCAGAAUGGCGAUUAAAAACAAUGAAUGAACGUUGGCGAGAUUACACUCGACUGGCUUGGGAUAUUAGUCCUGUGCUGGCAGUUUUUUUACCUGUUCGGUUGAAAAAUUCAGAAACUAUUGUUAAGGAAGUUUGUCGACUAGUUCGUCUUCGUCCUGUUGCUGUGAUGCACGUACCCGAAGCUUUACAAUACUUAGUCACAACAGAUCUUUUAUUGAAUGACGCUCCUGAGUUGGUUUACAUGUUAUCAUGGGCGAGAGUAUCACCAAUUCAAGCCUUAGCCUAUUUUUCGAGACAGUUUCCUCAUCAUCCAAUUUCAGCACAGUACGCAGUUAGAGUGUUAGGAAGUUAUCCUGCGGAUGCAGUUUUAUUUUAUAUUCCUCAACUUGUUCAAGCGUUAAGACAUGAUUCAAUGGGUUAUAUUACGGAGUUCAUCAAAACAAUUUCGAAACGAUCUCAGGUCGUAGCACAUCAGUUAAUUUGGAAUAUGUACACAAAUAUGUACGUAGAUGAAGAUAAGCAGAUUAAGGAUCCUAUACUUUACGACACAUUAGAUUCUCUGGUAACAAGUCUGUUAGGUGCUCUUUCGGGACCUGCGAAACAAUUUUAUGAAAGAGAAUUUGUCUUUUUCGAGAAAAUAACAAGUAUUUCUGGAGAAAUUAGGCCAUAUCCGAAAGGAAUAGAAAGAAAGCAAGCAUGUCUUCAAUGUUUAAGAGAAAUUAAAGUUCAACCUGGCUGUUAUUUACCUUCAAAUCCUGAAGCAAUGGUUGUUGACAUUGAUUAUAACAGCGGUACGCCUAUGCAAAGCGCUGCUAAAGCACCUUUUCUUGCUCGUUUCAAAGUACAACGCUAUGGAAUCAAUGAAUUAGAAAACAUUGCAAUGACAGUGUCAUCAAACACAAAGAUGGAAACCAAAAAUUUAGGAAUUUCAACUUGGCAAGCUGCUAUAUUUAAAGUUGGAGAUGAUGUUAGACAAGAUAUGUUAGCUCUUCAAGUUAUCAGCAUAUUCAAAAAUAUAUUUCAAAAAGUGGGACUUAAUCUAUUUUUAUAUCCAUAUAGAGUUGUUGCAACAGCACCUGGUUGUGGUGUGAUAGAAUGUGUUCCAAAUGCAGAGUCAAGAGAUCAACUUGGUCGUCGGCAGGAUGGAGGAUUAUAUGAAUACUUUAUAACAAAGUAUGGUGAUGAAACAACUAAUGAAUUUCAGAACGUGCGACGAAAUUUCAUAAAAUCAAUGGCUGCCUACAGCGUCAUCACAUAUUUACUUCAAAUCAAAGAUCGACACAAUGGAAAUAUUAUGAUCGACAAUGAGGGUCAUAUUAUUCACAUCGAUUUUGGAUUUAUGUUUGAAAGUUCUCCUGGUGGUAAUUUAGGUUUUGAACCUGAUAUUAAAUUAACAGAUGAAAUGGUAUUGGUAAUGGGCGGUAAAAUGGAAGCUGCACCUUUUCGACGGUUCAUGGAACUUUGCGUACAAGCAUUUUUAGCUGUCAGGCCUUAUCAAGAAGCAAUAAUAUCGCUAGUUUCGUUAAUGCUUGACACAGGAUUGCCUUGCUUUAGAGGCCAGACUAUAAAAUUAUUAAGAAGCCGUUUCGCACCUACAUCUACAGACCGUGAAGCUGCUAUCUUUAUGCUCAACGUUAUACGGAACAGUUACAUCAAUUUCCGAACUAAAGCAUAUGAUAUGAUUCAGUAUUAUCAAAAUCAAAUUCCCUAUUAAAAAUGCAUUUAAAGUUAUUCAAGUUAGUCUUUCUAAAUUAUCUUGUAUGUAUGUAAAAUUUAUUUCAGUGAUUGGUAAACAAAAAUUUAUAUCAAAUUAAUUCUUACAUUCCCCUUUAAAAAUAGUGGCGUAAUAAAUCAUAUUUUCUUUUACGUCUAUGUGAAAAAAUUUAAAGAAGCUACUAUUCUUUAGCGGUUUAUUGUUUGACGUAAAAGUAAAUGUCCUUUGUUACAUGAUUAUUUUUAAGUGGAGCAUUAGAAAUGUUUGUAAAUUUCAACUUUAAUUUUAUUUCAUGUUAUUAUUAUUAUUAUUAUUAUGUUAUUGCAGGGUUAAAUAAAGGAAGAAACAACAAUUUAACACUACUUUGUUAAAUUAAACAAAUUUUUAUCUUUCUAGAUUUUUUACGUACAUGUAAUUAAUAUUUAUUUGUUAACUCAUGGCUACAGUUUAGAUCUUAAUUUGCAUUAAUUUAAGUUUUUCAAUUCACGUAUGCUGUAUACAUUCUAUAGAAAUUUCCUUCUGUAUUUAGAUGUAAAUACUUAAAUAUUGGUGUAAAAUUUAUGUAACCUAGACAAUUAAAAGGGACCUAAGUUGCGAAAACAAGUUUUCGAGUAAAUGGCUGUUAAAGUUAAUGUUUUAUUUUCGAGUUAAUAAAUUAUUAUCAGUACAA